AUGGUCAAGACUGAUUUGGUGACUCGGGAUUACACUAUCCAACUCUCGAAGCGUAUCAAGGGACAACAAUUCAAGAGACGCGCCCCACGAGCCAUCAAGGAAAUCAAGAAGUUUGCACAAAAGGCUAUGGGAACCAGCGAUGUACGAGUUGACUCAAACUUGAACAAGAAGGUCUGGGCCACUGGUAUGAAGAACCCACCCACCAGAAUCCGUGUUCGUCUCUCCCGAAAGCGCAACGAAGAUGAAGAUGCCGAUGAAAGUCUAUACACUCUUGCACAACUUGUAGAGGUUUCUUCAUUCAAGGGAUUGCAAACAGAGAAUGUCCUUGAAGCUUAA